CGUUGUGCUUGGACUCUUGGAAAUAACCUGAGACAAGGCUCUCUAGCUUGUUUCCCGGAGUGUAUUCUCUUAUAAGUAGUCGGAGUAAAUUCUUGCAACUAUUCAAAUAUCACGACGCAUUACUGGUUGUGGAAGAGCCUUUAAUCUAGUACAUACUUUAGUUGGACUAUAAACAUGCUUGGUUACUCAAAUGCCGGGAUACCAGACAAGUCGUGGCAGCCUCCUGUUGCAGUGCUGGAAACAUCGAUGGGUGCGGUUGUUGUAGAAAUGUACUGGAAGCAUACUCCAUUAACCUGCCGAAACUUCAUGGAGCUGGUUAGGCGAGGUUAUUACAACAACACGAAAUUCCAUCGUGUGAUACGGGACUUCAUGAUCCAGGGUGGUGAUCCCACAGGCACUGGAAAAGGUGGCCAGUCUAUCUACGGCCCACAAUUUGAUGACGAAAUAACCACAGACUUGAAACACACUGGUGCUGGUAUAUUAUCCAUGGCUAAUGCAGGCCCUGAUACUAAUGGCUCACAGUUCUUCAUUACUUUGGCACCGACUCAAUGGCUAGAUAAUAAGCAUACAAUAUUUGGGCGGGUUCAAAGUGGUAUGUCUGUAGUCAAACGAAUAGGUCUUGUUGAGUGUGACAAGAAUGAUUGUCCGGUGGAUGAUGUGCGGAUUGAGAGAGCAUAUAUACCUAAGUAAUAGAAGAAUUUUCAAUCAACAUGUGAAUGUUUUGUGCCGAGCAGUGUUCAAUUAAGUGCUAAUAUUUUCUUCACCGUUUUUAUUAAGUAAUUUACUAUCUAUCAGUUUUCACCAUGUGCACAUAACUAAGAAUGCUACAAAUCAGAAAAAUUGUAUGUCUUCCAAACAGACCCAUUAGCAAAUAUGAGUGCUGGAUGAAUUUGAAAUAAAGUAUUAAUUUGUAUGUCACACAAGCCAGCAUAUGUUUUGAUAGUGGCACUGGGUUUAUAACUAUUGUAAUGUUCCAUUUCAUUGUCUAAAGCCAGGGGCUGAUUCACAUAAUGGGGUAAGAUAAGUUUAACCUAUGAAGCACCUAUUGCCCAUAGGAGAUUGUAUGGAAUGCUUGUUUCUCGCAUAAGAAAUGUAUGGCAUAGGGCUUUAUAGUUAAUAAAACAGGAUGAGGAGGGUUCUGUACAAAUUUACAGUUUUCACAUUUUUCCCUGUGCUUGUAGUGUAAGACAGUAUGACUUGCUAAAUUUUAUAGUCUUACAAGUUUUCAUUUUUUCACAACUUCAAGGCACUGUAGACCUGAGUAUACAGUUUUAAUUUAACACAUUCAACACCAAGAACCCGACUGUCGGGUACACUGUUCGUAGCGACUACGCGCUACAUACGACGAAACCGUGGCUACGCGCUACGAGCGUAACCCGUAGCACUUAGUGGUAUUGAAUGUGUUAAACUCGAUGCCUACACGCUUUUCCAAUAUAAAGGAUCUUGACAGACACACGGACGGACAACAAAGUUAUCUUAUAAGGGUUCAAUUUUUUUUAUGGGUACGGAACACUAAAAAUGAUCUUAAUGGUCACAGAACCUAAGCACAAUAGCACAAUAAGCAGAAUUCUGUUGCCUAAAGCUGUAAUUGCAGCCUGUUAUUACAAGAUCAAAAUGUAUGUGUUAAUUACAUACUCUGAUUGUAACAAAACUGUACAACCAUUCCUCCAGUUUAAUAAUAUGUAACAUAUGUUUAAAAAAAUUAAUGAGAGUA